AUGCUUUAUCCAAAUGGUACUGUUUGGGUCAAUUAUAGAGUUCGCGUGAAAGGACCAUGCAUCAUGGAUUUGUCAAAUUUUCCAAUGGAUGUGCAAACUUGCAAUUUAAUUUAUGAAAGUUUUAACUAUAAUAAUCAAGAAGUACGAAUGCGUUGGAUUAAUUCAAAUCCUGUUUAUGCUGUCAAUGAAAUAUUACUACCGGAUUUCAUUUUAAUUAAUAUUACACCAAUACUUAGGAUAGAGAAAUAUCCGGCUGGAAUGUGGGAUGAAUUGCAUGUGAAUUUUACAUUCGAAAGGCGUUGCGUAUGGUAUUUUAUGCAAGCAUAUGUUCCCACUUAUCUUACCAUUUUUAUCAGUUGGGUAUCAUUUUCAUUGGGACCACGAGCAAUACCUGCCCGAACAAUGCUUGGUGUUAAUGCUUUGCUAGCAAUGAUAUUUCAGUUUGGCAAUAUUAUGCGAAAUUUGCCGAGAGUAUCAUAUAUCAAAGCUAUCGAUGUAUGGAUGCUAGUCUCAAUGACUUUCAUAUUCUCAUCAUUAAUUGAGCUAGCAAUAAUCGGUUCAAAGGUGAAAAAUAUGGAAAGUGGUCAAAGACCAAGAAAGCCGCAUUGUAAAAAUAUCGAAGGAGUAGAAUCAAGCCCAAAAGGCGUUUGCGAAUUCGAGAAAAGGUUUAUGUUUCCGGUGGAAGGAUUUGAAUUGAAGUGGUGUCGAUCACGCUGGAAAUCUACUUCUUGGACACCGGAUCGUAUAGAUCGUUUAUCAAGCAUCAUGUUUCCUGCAUUUUUUGCAUGCUUUAAUGCAAGUUCACGAGAUAAUUUCAACUUAGUUAACUUUAGCUAG